UUGUGGUGGCGGGGUUUGAGGGGUGCAGAGUGGAGGGCCACCGCCCCAGGCAGCGCGCAGCCUUUGGAGCUGUGCGUCCACCUUCCACGCGACCUCCUCGUCGUCCUUGAGAUGGCCAGCCGAGUCGAGCCCCCCGAUGGGGGCUGGGGGUGGAUUGUGGUCCUUUCAGCCUUUUUCCAGUCCGCGCUGGUGUUUGGGGUGUUGCGAUCUUUCGGCGUCUUCUUCUUGGAGUUCGUAGCAGUGUUCAAAGAGUCGGCGGUGCGGGUCUCUUGGAUCACCUCCGUUGGGAUCGCGGUGCAGCAGUUUGGGAGUCCCGUGAGCAGUGCCCUGAGUACACAGUUCGGCCCUCGGCCUGUGGUGAUGACAGGGGGUGUCUUGGCUGCUCUGGGUAUGAUGUUGGCCUCAUUUGCGACCUCCUUGACGCACCUCUACCUUAGCAUCGGCCUGAUGUCUGGUGCUGGCUGGGCCCUGACCUUCACCCCUACCCUGGCCUGCCUCUCCAGAUACUUCUCUAAACGGCGUUCACUGGCCACAGGAUUAGCAUUGACUGGCGUGGGCCUCUCUUCCUUUGUCUUUGCCCCAUUCUUCCAGUGGCUUAUCACCUAUUACACAUGGCGAGGGGCCCUUCUCUUAGUAGCAGCUCUCUGCUUACACUCUGUGGCCUGUGGGGCCCUCCUUCGACCUCUCAGACUGGCAGAAGAUCCUGUUGUUGGAGGCCCGUUGGCUCAGUUGGUCUCCCUGCUCCACCACCGCCCUUUUCUAUGUUAUACGGCUGCAGUCACCCUGAUCAAUGCUGGCUACUUUAUUCCCUAUGUCCACCUUGUGGCACAUGCCCAGGACUUGGGUUGGGAUCCACUGCGUGCAGCCUUCCUCCUGUCUUUGGCAGCUGUGGCAGACCUGAUAGGGCGUGUAUUCUCAGGGUGGCUGGGGGAUGUAACCCCAGGGCCUGUGGCCCGGCUGCUGGCACUAUGGUCUUUUCUGACAGGGCUGGCAUUGGCCCUGCUCCCUGCGGCACGGCAACCCAUAGUCCUCAUGGUCCUGGCUGUAGCCUAUGGCUUCGCUGCAGGGGCCCUGACUCCUGUGGCUUUCUCAGUUCUGCCUGAACUUGUUGGAGUUGGAAGGAUAUACUGCGGCCUAGGGCUGUUACAAAUGGUAGAGAGCAUUGGGGGACUGUUGGGGGCGCCAUUGUCAGGCUACCUCCGAGAUUUGACAGGCAGCUACACAGUUUCCUUUGUGGUGGCUGGAGCCUUCCUUCUCAGUGGGAGCAUGAUGCUCCUUACCCUUCCCGGCUUCUUCUGCUUCUUCAAACCUUCUGCUACAGAACAAUAUUCUGUGACAAACUCACUGGAAGUCAGAGUCUCCCCCCAAAGAGCUGAGUGUGCAGAAGAAAGCCCAGGGGCCCAAGAUCCCUAACUUUGAGAAAGUUCCAGCAACUUCUCACCUUCAUCUGCCCCCCAGAACCUUAGCUAUUUAUAUCUGCCUCUCUAUGCCUGCUUAGGAGAUGAUAGUUAGGUCUCACUCAAUAUGUUGCGUUUUCUUAAGCCCUAUUUUGUUGCUUUGUUGUAACUCUUCCCCUUUAGGGGAAGGCUCUAAAGACCACAUGAGUUCAA